ACAUUUCAUCAAAAAAAAAAAAAAAAGGAGAGCGACAAGACAAAACUUUGAUCUGUGAGUCUUGUGAGAUUUCCCUCUACCCGUGUAACUUCCUUUUGAGAACUUGCGAAGGCAGCGAAGCUUCUCUAAUUUCAUGGGGUUCUUAUGGAGGAAUUAGGUUCAGACCUUAGGAUUCAAUGAUGGAGACGGAGAUGAAAGAGUUUGAAUCCAAGAAACAUCCUGUGGUCGAACUCAAACCACCUGAAGAGCCUCGCGGCGAGGGUUCCAGCAAGGACGAGCGGCCUUUGUUGAAAUCCGAUUCCAGCGCGAGUUACUCCCCUAUUGCUCCUGAGGAUUUGCAGGAACUCGAGAAGAAAUUUGCUGCUUUUGUGAGAAGAGAUGUUUACGGGACGAUGGGAAGAGGGGAACUGGCAAUGUCGGAAAAACUUCUCCUCGGGUUCGCACUGGUCACGCUCGUUCCGAUUCGUGUGGUUGUGGGGAUUGUGAUAGCGAUUCUCUAUUACGUUAUAUGUCGCUUCUGUACGAUUUUCUCUGUUCCGUGUCGAGAGGACGGACAGGAAGAUUAUGCUCACAUUAGUGGGUGGAGAAGGGUUGUCAUUGUUCGGCUUGGGAGGUUCCUCUCUAGGGCAAUGCUCUUCACGCUUGGUUUUUAUUGGAUUAACGAGUCUUUUCCAAAUUCUGAUGCUGUGGAGAACCAGAGCAAUGAACAGUCUGGAGAACCUAAACAACCCGGGGCAAUCAUCUCAAACCACAUAUCUUAUUUGGAUAUUUUGUAUCAUAUGUCUUCUUCCUUUCCGAGCUUCGUUGCUAAGAGAUCAGUGUCUAAACUUCCUCUAAUUGGUCUCAUCAGCAAGUGCCUUGGUUGUGUCUAUGUCCAGCGGGAAUCAAAAUCAUCUGAUUUUAAGGGUGUUUCAGGUAUUGUCACAGAAAGAGUUAAGGAAGCCCAUCAGAACAAAUUUGCUCCCAUGAUAAUGCUUUUUCCAGAGGGCACAACUACAAAUGGAGACUUCCUCCUUCCAUUCAGGACAGGUGCAUUCUUGUCGAAAUCCCCUGUGCUUCCGGUGAUCCUAAGAUAUCCUUACCGGAGAUUUAGUCCAGCCUGGGAUUCCAUAACUGGGGUACGCCAUAUGAUUUUGCUGCUUUGUCAAUUUGUGAAUCACAUUGAGGUGACAAAGUUACCUGUUUACUACCCCUCGGAGCAAGAAAAGGAGGAUCCUAAACUUUAUGCUAAUAAUGUCCGAAAGUUAAUGGCUAGUGAGGGUAACUUGAUAUUGUCAGAUAUUGGCUUGGCUGAGAAGCGGAUCUAUCAUGCUGCACUCAAUGGUCUAUUUUGCCAAAGCUAAUUCGGAUUCGCGAUCUGUUAAUUCUUUGUGAUCCUUUGACUGGAAAAAAAAAAAAAAAAAAAAAAAAGGAAAAUAGAAAUCUGUUUUUUCCACUGAACUAUUAUGUUGACCUACACCUGCGAAGUGUAGAUUCCUAGAGCUCGCAGAAAAUGUUUGUGGAGCUUCAGGGUCUUCCUAGCACCUGGUUGUGUCAAUAUUCCCACUCUUGGUUUCCAUUGUCCUGUGGUGUACUAGUAUUCUUGUCCUAGACUUUCCGUUCCCAUCAUCCUUCGCAUCUAUUACAUGCCUGUUUUGGCUUCCAUAGAAUGUGUAGUACUUUCAUCAGGUCACCUAGGCUCUGCCAUUUCGUUCGAGUAUUACAUGCAUGAAAGCAUGAGUGUUGAGGUUUUGAUAUUUGUUCUUUGGUUGAAGUGGCUGGUUCCAUGAUCCCCAUUUCCUGGGUACUAGCGUGAACGUUAUGUUGUGUGAGUCUUUUUUUUUCUGUUGUCUUUCCCCUUUUUCUGUUUUUGUUCAUGUAUACUCUCUGUGGAGUUGGCUCUGCAGGUGUCAUUUCUCCGUAGAGUGUCAAAAGAGCUGUAAUGUUAGGGAGAAGAGUAUACCAUGAAUUAGCCUAAAUAUAUAUCAGUAAAUGGAAAAUCUGUGAUUCA